CCCCUCUCCUCCCUCCCAAUGGCUCCCUACUUCCUCCGCAACCUCCUCCCGCGCCCAGAGACACGCAAGGAAGGAAAACCCCUCCUCGAUGUCCUUGCCUCUCUCACUUGGGUCCAGUGGGCCAUGUUCUGGUCAGGCUGGCUUGCGUGGUCGUGCGACGCCAUCGAUUUCUUCUCCGUCUCUCUUAGCGUUGGGCGCCUUCAGGCACAAUUCCACAGGAAGGACGCGUCUGAUAUUACGACGGCCAUCACCCUGACCCUUCUCUUCCGCUCCGUUGGUGCCGUCGUAUUUGGUAUCCUGUCAGACAGAUACGGACGCAAAUGGCCUCUCGUCUGGAAUCUUCUACUCUGUGCUGUCCUCGAACUGGGUUCCGGCUUUGUGCAGACCUUCUCCCAGUUCCUCGCCGUACGUUCCCUCUUCGGUGUCGCGAUGGGCGGCAUCUGGGGCCUCUCUGCCGCGACCGCGCUCGAGAACCUCCCCGUCGAGGCGCGUGGACUCGCUUCAGGCGUGCUUCAGCAAGGUUAUGCCGUCGGCUAUCUCCUUGCCGCGGUCAUCAACCUCCGCCUCGUUCCAGAAGCCAAGGAGACCUGGCGUGCGCUCUUUUGGACUGCGUCAGGCAUCUCUGCAUUUGCCGCACUUGUGCGCGCCCUUCUCCCUGAGAGCGAGGUGUUCCUCCGUGCGCGCGAAGCGCAACAAGCCUCCGGCCCGAGCACAGUCAACAAGACGAAGGUGUUCCUCCACGAGGUCCGCGUUAUGCUUCAGCAUCACUGGCUCCUGUGCAUCUACGCUGUGCUUCUCAUGACUGGCUUUAAUUUCCUCUCCCACGGCUCGCAAGACCUGUACCCGACCUACCUGACGACAUCGAAAAACUUCGACUCGUAUCACUCAACCGUGGCCACCAUCAUCGGCAACUGCGGCGCCAUCACAGGCGGCGCGCUCGCCGGGUGGCUCUCGCAGUACCUCGGACGGCGCCUUACGAUCGUCGGUUUCGUCCUGUGGAUCGGCGCGUUCAUCCCGCUUUGGAUAUUGCCCAGCAGCUUCGGCGCGCUCUCCGCCGGCGCGUUCUGGGUCCAAUUCGGCGUGCAGGGCGCGUGGGGCGUCAUCCCAAUCCAGCUCGCGGAGAUGUCCCCUCCCGCAUUCAGGGCGACGUUCCCCGGUGUCGCGUACCAGCUUGGAAACAUGGUGUCGUCUGCGUCGGCACAAAUUGAGGCGACCGGUGGGAGGAACUUCCGCACGACGGUAGUCAAGAACGGUGUGGUCACCGACGUGCCGGAUUAUGCCACCGUGCAGGGCAUCCUCAUCGGUGUUGUCGCUGCAUUUGUAGUGGUCAUCACGAUUCUUGGCCCAGAGAACCACGGCUCGCACUUCGAGAAGGCCAAGGCGGCGUUCGAGGAGGGCGCAGGGAAUGACGAGGUGCGCGACGAUUCCGCGAAUGUGGCGGGCCCGAGCCAUGGACGCGCAGAGGACAUCGAGUCCAUACGGUCGGUCGCGAUCGACGAAAAGAAGGCGGACAUGUGAAGGGCGCAGGAUGAUCCUCGGCGGCGCGGCUUGGCGCGUUGGCAUCCGCAUUUCUCAUUUCUCAUUUCGUAAUUCGCGUUUCGGAGUUCGAGGGAUGGCGGUGCAUAGUUGUUGGGUGGAUGGGUCGACCGGUGCAGCGUCCGAUGCGUGGGUGUGUACGAUGUUGCUUUUUCAUGAUGGCGGGACGACCAUGACCAGACGAUGGGCGAUGGUGACGACGAGAACGACGAUGUAAUGAUGGCCGCUGUUGCCGAUAAAAUGGGCGCGCGGUCUUUGUAAUAAUAGGAUUCUCUCUUGCAGUUCUCUUGCUUGCUUGCG